GGGAGUGGGCGGGCAGGUUGAGCGUCUGAAAGCGUCACUCAGUCUCUCUCAGAUCAGGACAGAGACACACUGCUCUCCUCUUCUCUCCAUCAUCCCUCCAUCUUCCUCCUCCUCCAUCCAGAACUCUCUCUCUCUCCAUCCUGUGUCCGCUCUCCUCCACCCUGCAGACGGGUCGAACUCUUCAUCAGCACCAUCAUCAUCCUCCGAGGAACAGGGAGCCCUCUGACCCUAGCCCCGCCGGGUCACCAUGGCAACGGUCAUCUGCACUCGAUUCACCGAAGAGUUUCAGCUGUACGAGGAGCUGGGCAAGGGAGCGUUUUCGGUGGUGCGGCGCUGUGUGAAGGUGUUGUCCGGUCAGGAGUACGCCGCCAAGAUCAUCAACACCAAGAAACUCUCUGCCAGAGAUCAUCAGAAGUUGGACCGUGAAGCUCGGAUCUGUCGUUUGCUUAAACAUCCAAACAUUGUUCGGCUUCAUGACAGCAUCUCAGAGGAGCUGCAUCAUUACCUCAUCUUCGACCUGGUCACAGGCGGCGAGCUGUUUGAAGACAUCGUGGCCAGAGAGUAUUACAGUGAAGCUGAUGCCAGCCACUGCAUCCAGCAGAUUUUGGAGGCGGUGCUUCACUGUCACCAAAUGGGCGUGGUCCACAGAGACCUAAAGCCAGAGAACCUGCUGCUGGCCUCGAAGUCCAAAGGUGCGGCUGUGAAACUGGCCGACUUCGGCCUCGCCAUCGAGGUGGAGGGAGACCAGCAGGCCUGGUUUGGCUUUGCAGGGACUCCAGGUUACCUGUCUCCAGAGGUUCUAAGGAAGGACCCGUAUGGAAAAGCAGUCGACCUCUGGGCCUGUGGUGUGAUUCUCUACAUCUUAUUGGUCGGUUAUCCUCCAUUCUGGGAUGAAGAUCAACAUCGUCUCUACCAGCAGAUUAAAGCUGGAGCAUAUGAUUUUCCGUCUCCGGAGUGGGACACGGUGACUCCUGAAGCCAAAGAUCUCAUAAAUAAGAUGUUGACCAUCAAUCCGGCAAAACGCAUCACAGCUGCUGAGGCCCUCAAACAUCCGUGGAUCUCACAUCGCUCCACGGUGGCGUCCUGUAUGCACAGACAGGAAACCGUCGAGUGUCUGAAGAAGUUUAACGCCAGGAGGAAACUGAAGGGGGCGAUUCUGACCACCAUGUUGGCUACCAGGAACUUCUCAGGAGGAAAAAGCAACAAGAAGAACGAUGGAGUCAAGGAAUCAUCAGAGAGUACGAACACAACUAUAGAGGAUGAAGACACCAGAGUGAGGAAGCAGGACAUCAUUAAAGUCACGGAGCAACUCAUCGAGGCGAUCAGCAACGGAGACUUCGAGAGCUACACUAAAAUGUGCGACCCAGCUGUGACGGCGUUCGAGCCCGAGGCGUUGGGGAAUCUGGUGGAAGGGCUGGACUUUCACCGCUUUUAUUUUGAAAACUUGUGGUCUAAGAACAGUAAACCCGUCCACACCACCAUCUUGAACCCUCACAUCCACCUGGUCGGGGACGAGGCCGCCUGCAUCGCUUACAUCAGAGUGACUCAGUACAUCGACGCCAACGGGACGCCACGCACCGCCCAAUCAGAGGAGACCAGGGUGUGGCACCGUCGCGACGGCAAGUGGCAGAUCGUCCACUUCCACCGCUCAGGCUCCGCCUCCACGCUCAGCAAGUAUGAACAAGUUAACUUCCAGAGUGGGCGUGUCUUCGAUGGGGCUAGCGUCACCUUGACAACAGAUUGAUCGACAGCAGACCAGGCAGGACUUAAGUUUGAUAAAAACCAAAAGAAGGAGGAGGAGACAUGGGCGGAGCUUCCUGCAGUGACCUGCACAAUCAAUCAACCAAUCAGCUUCCUCUCUUUAGCUUGUUUGGACCCUUGUGAUCAACCAAUCAGCUGCCCAGCACAGGGUCUGUGAAGGGGUGGAAACCUCGUAUCUCAUCAACAUCUGAUCCAUGAUCAAUAAUAACGACGAGUUUAACAUGAAAUAUUUUCCGACAUUUGAAGAAACUGUUCGUCAUCACGAGGCGUUUCAUCAGUUUCCUGUUUCAGUUCAUAAAAAGAAGGAAACGAGAAAAUAUAAUGUCAUAAAUGAUAAGAAGAAUUAAUCAAUGAAUAAUAAUUGUUUUUAAAUUCACCUUGAGUGGUUGAAUGUUUCCAAAGAGAUAUGAGGUUUCCACCUGAACAUAAAGAAAACGACAUACACAUCAUAUCAUAUCAUUACAAACAUGAGUCGCCAUGGUUACCAGUUAGCAUCUAGAGCUGUGACUUUAAGAACGCAGUUUGUAACUGUUUAAGUUUUACCAACAAAACUGAUCAGAAACAAGCAACAGUUUAAAGACGGAACAUGUGAAUCAUUUUAUCUUGAGAUGAGAAGAUGAACGGCAGCUCUGGCCUUCUUUACGUGGAUGAUCUAAUAUAUAAACUUUAUAUAAAUGUAAUAUAUGUAACGUUUUAUUUCAUGUUGAGAUAAGCAGGUAACGCUGACGACACGUCGACGAUAAAGUUCGGAUCCACGAUGCUCUGCUUCCUCAUUGGUCGGAGAGCUGCAGAAACUUCCAUCGCUCUCCGUCCUGCGAUCUUCCAUGAACAGCCACACCCCCUCAGCUGUCCUCACCAGGACGACCUUCGACCUUCACCACGAGCCACCACGAGAAUCUGUCGGGUUGAGUUUACGAAACGUUUCAGGUUGAAAAUUAAAUGAAUUAGUUAGUUAUUAUUAAUACUGUUAUCGAUCGUUUGAUGGAUCACAUCAAACAGAAUGAGAGAAACGUCUCUGUUCUCGACCUCUGGCAGCCAAUCAGAAUCAUCGUCAGUAAACUCAGUACGGAGUCCCAGAAGGGACAAAAAGAAGUCCAGCUCUUCUCGGGCUCCGUAGAGAGACCCAUCUGACCGUGGCGUUCCCGCGGCGUGGCUCUGUCGUCGGCGUGGUCGCUCUGUGAAACCUCGUAUGUCCGUUGGUUUUCCGCCUUAAUGGCGUACAACUGAUUUGACCAAGUGAAACAUUGACUCGCUCUGAUUGGACGGAGGAUCCUUGGUGAUGUGUUUUGAUUGGAUGGAGCGUAUUUCUUCCUCUUCAGUGAUUCGUUGACUGUACAGAUUUCGUGAUGCAUGCCAGACGUGCUUUGUGUUUUGGUUUUCGGGCUCCGCGGCGUUCUGUUGUUCGCAGAUGUCUCUUUGUUUCCUGCUCUGCGACGACUUGACUCUGACUUGUUAGCUUUGUUAGCAUUCCUCACUGGGAGCAACGGCGCCUGCUAGCUGCCAACUUGCUUUGAGAUGUGAAUGUUUUUACAGUCAGAAGUUUGUACGAUCAGAGGAAAUGAUUCUUCUCGGUAUCGCAUUUGUAACUUUCAAAGCUUUUUCAUGUUUGAAUCAAACUUCCUGAUGUUGCGACUCACCCGUACAGAGCGCAAACGCAAAUGAUUAUUAUUAGCUUCAUGAUUUUUAUCAGUACGAUGUGCAUUAACGAGUGUGACAUGUGUUCCUUAGCAAUCGCUAGCUGACAUCUCGUCCAACUGGAGAGGCUGAAUCAAAGGUCAGAGGUCAUGUUGGGACUGUGGAGAGCAGGCGGGGCUUCCUUGAUUUUGUCACAACUCACACCAGGUGGUCAGGGCGGCACCCGGUAUUGAAGCCACGCCCCCACACCACGAGGCGUCUUCACUUCACUUCCACGUCUUGUUAGUCAACAACAGAUUCAGAUCUCGUGGCCCCGGUUUAUAAAUCUUGUUCGCACGUUAUUAUUUUGUGUUCAAGUCAUGUAUCUUUUACCAGAUGCCACCAGGGGGCGCUGUAACGCACACAUUGACACAAACCCAGAUGUUUUACCAGCUGUUCUUUCUGCAUUUAGCAGCUGGAACAUUUUCUGUUAUUCUGGAUGUUUGUUGACACUUGAUCCUCGACUCUGCUGUCAGUCAAACUGUCCAUGUCUGUGAUUGGUCAUACGCAGUAAACCCCGCCCCUUUAUGUGCAUGUGAUAUCUGGAGGAAACCUGAGUUAACUCAACAAGUUGAUAAGCAGCGUCAUGUGACCGUUUAGCGGCUGGGACUGUUGAGCUGGAAACCGAGAUCCUGGAUCUGUUGAACUUCGUAGAACAGACUCUGAUGUUUAGUCACUUUUGUUUCUCAGUUCAGACGAUGUCCCCCUAGUGGCUGCCUAUAGAAUAGCGUCUGUCUAAUUUCAAAGGCUCCUCCUCCUCCUCAUGAGGACCAAUCCCAGAGCAGCUGAUGAAACAGCGUCUGAGACGUCUGAGGAGGAAACAAGAUGUCGGCUUGUUCUUGAAGCUUCUGAUUCAGCCUCUUCCAGUGAAAUGACCUCUGACCCCGUCCGACUCCAGGUGGCGCCGGCAGAGUGAAUGUUUUCUGAAGCAACACGUCCACUUCUAACUUUACGACACUUGAACGUAUAUUUAUCAGUAACUCAUCCCUGAAAAAAUCUGUGAUGUCAUUUUCUACGAAUAUAUUGAUGUUUACGCUUGAAACUGAAGAAUUGAUCGUAACGUUCACGUUGUUCCUCUGACCAGAUGUUACCAGGCCACAUGUCUCCUGCCUCACCACAGGAAGUGUGUCAUCCGCGUGACAGGAAGCAGCAGGACGGGGGGGGUGUCACUUCAGUAACAAGCACCGUUAGCGUUCAACAAGCUAACGUCUUCAUUUAUGACUAACCCUAACCCAGUCUUUGUUAACAGAUACGGGUGUUGCUAACAAGCUCAUGGACAAUUUCCCAGGAAAGUUGUUGAACUGAAGCUAAAAUCUAUAAAACACCUUGAAGUGUUUUUUAUUAAGAUUUAAAUGAUCAUCGAUCGGAUGUGAUCCAUGUUUUGAUAAGAACAUUUUCACAGAACAGUCGGAGUUCAGUCAAUUCUCUUGUGACGUAGAAACGAUUGUUUCGGGUGUUUGACCUUUAGAAUCAAAUGGUCCCGAUGUCCUCGCUGUUCCCUCUCACGACGGUGCCGCUGUGAACUAUCAAUCAUCAAUCAUCAAUGAUCAAUAAUCAAUGAUCAAUGAUCAAUAAUCAAUGAUCAAUAAUCAAUGAUCAAUAAUCAAUAAUCAGCUCUUUUACUGUGAUGAUGUUGUUGUGUAUGAACUGAUGCUGCAUGCUCGCUGUGUAAUUUCUUUUCUUCUUCUGCAUCGUGUUCAAAGUGUUUAUGUAAAUAAACAGAGGUGGUUAAAUGGA